AUGUCAUCAGCGCCAUCUACUUAUGCAAGUAUAGAUACGAAAUCUGUGCAAUUACGCGCAGUGAAUACCUUUCCUUGCAAAGUCAUGUGCGAUAAAGAAUUUAAUAGCUCUUUUAUUUCAUUAGUUAAUCCUAUUCAAGAUCCUCGCGUCUCAGCAUUGUAUUUCUCUGCAUCUGGAUGUGUUUAUCAGAAGUAUUGCUAUGUAUUUCCGAUCACACCAGGUAUCCUUUUUAAAUGCAAUUACCCAUACAUAUUAUUAUCAAACGGAACAUACGAAUAUACUAUUGAAUUUGAAGCCAAAGCUCACAUGAUCAGUUUUAUGAAAUUGUUAACUACCAAAAUAACAGAGCUUGCCCGCAAUAAAAUUACCGAUAAAGAAAUUUACGAUUGCUUCUUCAACAGAGAAGCUUCGGACAGACUUUGCAAAGGAUUAGCCAAAGUCCGUACUGGAUAUGACUAUAAAUCAAUAUUUAGACUCUCUGGAGCAAAUGUAGAUGAUCCGAUCGCUAUUGCUAUGCUUUUACAGCAAGAAAAGAGCUUCAGAGAAUAUUUCGAUAAGUCAGUGCAUGUUGUUACAUGGAACAUUGACCAAAAGAAGCCACCGGAGAAUGUUGAUCUCCUUUUCGGCGAAUUAUCGAAGCGUUAUGAUAUCUACGUAUUCUGCUUCCAAGAAAUUGAUAUGUCAAUGGAUGCAAUUAUGCAUGGCGACUCCAAAGAGAAAAAGGAAGCCUGGGAUAAGGCUUUAGGAGCUGCUUUAACAGCCAAUGUCGAGACAUAUCAAUACGCUGGAGGUAUACAACUCGGCACUUCUUACAUUUCGGUUUUCGUAAGAGAUCCAAACCUUAUUUCGAAUGUAGCUACAGCAACAUGCACAAUUGGUGCUAUGGGAUUCUUCAAUAAAACAGCUGUAGCUGUACGCUUCCAAUACCACGAUACGAAUCUUUGUUUCAUUUGUUCCCAUUUAUCUCAUGGCCGAAAGAACGUUGAACGCAGAAACUCCGAAUUCUGGAUUAUUCAGAGUGAGCUCGUCUUCCAGACCCCUGUAGGAGAGUUCGGAGUCGAUGACCACGAUGCAAUUUGGUGGUCUGGAGAUUUUAAUUACCGUUUGACGCUCCCUGACCCAGAAUCACGUGAGAAAUUCAAUGAAACAGCUUAUUUGCUACAGCAUGACCAACUUAUUCUCGCCCACAAGCAGAAUAAAGUCUUUGUUGGAUAUAAUGAAGCAGAAAUCAAGUUCAGACCGACUUACAAAUUCGAUAAAGGUACAGAAACACUUGAUACAUCCUCAAAGCAACGUGGCCCUGCAUGGUGUGACCGUAUUUUCCACAGAAUUCCAGGACCAAUCCAAUUUAUCCAGCAAAAGUCAUACAAUUCGAUCAAAGGCCUCCUGAUGUCUGAUCACCACCCAGUAGCCGCUGAUUUCUCAAUGCGCGUUUGGCAGAACGAUCACGACAAAGCGAUGAAAUUAUAUGAUGAGAUCAAACUUAAGGUUGACGUUCUCAAAUGGCGCACAAGCCUUUCACAAGAUUUUAUAGACUUCAAAUCCGUCUCUCUUGGCGAGCCAAAGUCCCAAGUUAUCAAAUUAAAGAACGAAGGUCAAAUUCCUGUUCUUUUCCAAGUCCAAACCGAUGCUUGCUGGAUUACUUGCCAUCCACAGCGCGCAACAGUUAUACCAGAUAAGGACAUCGAGCUCCUUAUUUCGGUUAAUAUUGAUGCGGCCUCUCAAGUUACGGAUCCUGUCACUACCGCACAGUUUGUUAAGUACGUAAAGAUCUGUUAUCCAUCAGGAAAGCCUCCGAAUUUCAUUCUCCUUACCGCUCAAUUCAAUCUUAGCCCAAUCGGAUUGCCUCUUGAGUAUUUAUACAGACUUCCAGUGGAAUUAUCCAGAUUACCAGCCGAACUCUUCAUCCCUCGCGAUUCAAAUGACUACAAAACUGCGCAAAUCAUGAAUUACCCGGCUCGUGUAUCGGAAUGCUACGAACUCAAUGCUCUUUUGGAUGCAUUGAAGCCAGUAAUAAACGAUCCACAGAUUUUCACGAAGCCAGGCCAAUCAGAAGAAAUGUCAAUAAUCGCGAACAAUUUGAAAGAGAGAAAAGACAUCAAAGGUAAGUUUACUCAAUAUGGAUUAUUCUCUGUCUUGUUCUCCAUCAUCGAAUGCACGAAAGAACCGAUUUUCUCCUAUGAUCUUUUGAAAGGAUGGGAACAAAAGGACGAAAAGAAGGAAUUCAUGAACCUUAUCAACAGCCUUCCUGAAUGCAACAAAACACUCUUCCACAUGAUCACUGGAUUCUUCACAGAAGUCUUGAAGAAGUGGAAAGCUGACGGAAUUCAAGCAGAUGUUCCAACAAUUAUAUCAUACCUCGCAAGAUCGUUCACUAAGAAUAAUGAGAAAUCCCUUGAUAUUGCUGUCUUAGUCUUUACAAGAGUUUUCUUAUAA